UGAGGGCGGAGUAGUGAGGGGAGGAUCAAAGUCUCCGCGAGAUCUCACCGGGCAGGUCAUAGCGGCAGUGGAGGAGACAGCAGGAGAGGUUCUUAAUAAAGGUGCUAGGAAAGAAUGUAAAACAGGAAAAUAAUUAAAUAUUUUCACUGUGAACUACAGACAAUUUUAAGAGGCUGGCCUGUUGCUCAAUGGACUCAUUCUAUUUGCAUCUAUGGGUAUUAAAGAUUCAUGGAUGAGAAAAGAAGAAUUUUAAAUAUUCUCAGGGAUCUACCUGUGUGACCAAGAUAUCUCUGCGUGAGAAAAACAUGACACUCUGAGGGCUGAAAGGUUUCUGUGCUACACUGGAGCUGAAAAAAAAAACUACAUGGGGAACACUAAGCAUCCUGAAAGCCAGGAAAUGGAACCAUUGACAUUAAGGGAUGUGGUCAUUGAUUUUUCUGAAGAGGAAUGGAAAUGCCUGGACCCUUCUCAGCAGACUUUAUAUGGAGAUGUGAUGUUAGAGAUCUAUAGAAACCUACUCUUUAUUGAUCUGACUUCUAAUCAAAACCAAGAAUUUUCAGAAGAACAAGAAAUAAAAUAUUUUUUGCAAAACUUGAUAAAGAGCAGAAAACACCCAUGUGAUCAUUUAAAAGAGCUUUACAAUGAUAAAUGUGAAAAAGUUUUUAAUCCAUGUCCAAAAUUUAUUUAUCCAAGCUUUCAUAAUCAAGAGACAAAUUACAGAUAUAAGGUAUGUGAAAGCACUUUUAAUAAAACUACAAAAAUUCCUGAACUCCAGAGAAUUAGUAUGAAUGAGAAGCCCUACAAAUGUAAAAAAUAUGUAAAAGCAUUUAAAGAUUCCUCAAUUGUUUAUCAGAGCAGUGAUAAAUCCUCCAUAAGUAAAGAAUGUGAAAAAAAUUUUACUCAAAUUUCAUUGAUUACUAAAAAUCAUAGGCUUUACAAUGGAGAUAUACCUUACAAGUUGAAGAAAUGUGAAAAUGUCUUUAAGUGUUGCUCAAACCUUUUUAAACACUACAGUAAUCAUACUGGAGAGAAAAUCUGGAAAUGUAAAGAAUGUGGCAAAGCUUUUAAUAGAAAAUCAUACCUUACUGAACACCAGAGACUUCAUACAGGAGAAAAGCCAUACAAAUGUAGAGAAUGUGGCAAAACUUUUAAUCAAAGAUCACACCUUACACAACACAAGAGAAUUCAUACUGGAGAAAAGCCAUACAAAUGUAAAGAAUGUGGCAAAGCUUUUAUUCAAAAAUCAUGCCUUAUUCAACACCAGAGAAUCCAUACUGGAGAAAAGCCAUACAAAUGUAAAGAAUGUGGCAAAGCUUUUAAUAAAAAAUCACACCUUACUCAACACCAGAGACUUCAUACAGGAGAAAAGCCAUACAAAUGUACAGAAUGUGGCAAAGCUUUUAAUCAAAGAUCACAACUUACACAACACCAGAGAAUUCAUACUGGAGAAAAGCCAUACAAAUGUAAAGAAUGUGGCAAAGCUUUUAAUAAAAAAUCAUGCUUUACUCAACACCAGAUAAUUCAUACUGAGGAAAAGCCAUACAAAUGUAAAGAAUGUGGCAAAGGUUUUAAUCAAAAAUUACACCUUACUCAACACCAGAGACUUCAUACAGGAGAAAAGCCAUACAAAUGUACAGAAUGUGGCAAAGCUUUUAAUCAAAGAUCACACCUUACACAACACCAGAUAAUUCAUACUGGGGAAAAGCCAUACAAAUGUACAGAAUGUGGCAAAGCUUUUAAUCAAAAAUCACGCCUUACUGAACACCAGAGAAUUCAUACUGGAGAAAAGCCAUACAAAUGUAAAGAAUGUGGCAAAGCUUUUAAUCAAAAAUCAUGCCUUACUCAACACCAGAGAAUUCAUACUGGAGAAAAGCCAUACAAAUGUAAAGAAUGUGCCAAAGCUUUUAAUCAAAAAUCACAACUUACUCAACACCAGAGAUUUCAUACAGGAGAAAAGCCAUACAAGUGUAAAGAAUGUGGCAAAGCUUUUAAACAAAGAUCACACCUUACUCGAUACCAGAGACUUCAUACAGGAGAAAAGCUAUACAAAUGUAGAGAAUGUGGCAAAGAUUUUAAUAAAAUAUUAUGCCUUACUCAACACCAUAGAAUUCAUACUGGGGAGAAACCAUACAAAUAUCAAUAAUGUGGCAAAGCUUCUAAUUGAAGGUCAUUCCUUAGUCAACACGAGAGACUUUAUAUGGGAGAAAAGCCAUACAAAUGCAAAGAAUGUGGCAAAGCUUUUUUUUUUUAAAGAGAGAGUGAGAGGGGAGAGAGAGAGAGAGAAUUUUUAAUAUUUAUUUUUUAGUUUUUGGCGGACACAACAUCUUUGUUGGUAUGUGGUGCUGAGGAUCGAACCUGGGCCGCACGCUUGCCAGGCAAUCGCGCUACUGCUUGAGCCACAUCCCCAGCCCAUGGCAAAGCUUUUCAUCAAAGAUCAUACCUUAUUUGACACCAGAGAAUUAAUACUGGGGGAAAGCCAUACAAGUGUAAAGAAUAUGGCAAAGCUCUUUAUCAAAAAUCACACGUUUCUCAACACCAGAUAAUUCAUACUGGGGAGAAACCAUACAAAUGCAAAGAAUGUGGCAAAGCUAUUCUAUUAGGAAAAAGUAUUGUUGUUCAUCAAAUAUUUAUACUGGAUAAGAGCCAUAUAAAUGUUAAGAAUAUGGCAA